AUGUUUGUCUACAAGAGAGACGGACGCAAAGAACGCGUGCAGUUCGACAAAAUUACUGCUCGUGUGUCAAGGCUAUGUUAUGGUCUUGACCCUGAGCAUGUUGACGCUGCUGCUAUCACCCAGAAGGUCAUUUCUGGUGUUUACCAGGGUGUCACCACUGUUGAACUUGACAACCUGGCUGCUGAGACUGCGGCAUACAUGACUACCACACAUCCAGACUACGCCAUUCUUGCUGCUCGUAUAGCUGUUUCGAACCUUCACAAGCAAACGAAGAAGCAAUUUUCCCUGGUUAUCUCAGACCUAUACCACUAUAUCAACCCAAAGAAUAAGAAGCCUGCCCCGAUGAUAUCAAAGGAAACGUACGAGAUUAUCAUGAAACAUGCCGACGAACUCAACUCAGCUAUUGUGUAUGACCGUGAUUUCAACUACAACUUUUUCGGCUUCAAGACUCUUGAGCGGUCAUACUUGCUGCGGAUUGAUGGAAAGGUUGCUGAACGCCCUCAGCACCUUUUGAUGCGUGUUGCUGUUGGAAUUCACGGUAAUGACAUUGAGAAGGCUAUCGAGACCUAUCACUUGAUGUCUCAGAAGUAUUUCACCCAUGCCUCCCCGACCUUGUUCAAUGCCGGUACCCCUCAGCCUCAGCUUGCUUCAUGCUUCCUUGUCGAUAUGAAGGAGGAUAGCAUCGAAGGUAUUUAUGACACCCUCAAGACUUGUGCAUUGAUCUCCAAGACCGCGGGUGGAAUUGGCCUCAAUGUGCACCGCAUUCGUGCUACCGGCUCCUACAUUGGUGGUACCAAUGGAUCCUCCAAUGGUAUUGUUCCUAUGCUCCGGGUGUUCAACAACACUGCCAGAUAUGUAGACCAGGGAGGAAACAAGCGUCCAGGUGCUUUUGCCAUCUACUUGGAACCUUGGCACGCCGAUGUUUUCGAAUUCCUUGAUCUCCGCAAGAACCAUGGUAAGGAGGAAGUGAGAGCUCGUGAUCUCUUCUAUGCCCUCUGGACUCCGGACUUGUUCAUGAAGCGGGUUGAAGCCAACGGCGAGUGGACUCUCUUCUGUCCUAACGAGGCCCCCGGCUUGGCCGAUGUUUAUGGUGAUGAAUUCGAGGCGCUCUAUGAAAGAUACGAAAAGGAAGGUCGUGGCCGCAAGACCAUCAAGGCUCAGAAGCUCUGGUAUGCUAUUUUGGAAGCUCAGACCGAGACUGGAAAUCCUUUCAUGCUGUACAAGGAUGCCUGUAACAGAAAGAGUAACCAGAAGAACCUGGGAACAAUCCGCAGCUCCAACCUCUGUACUGAAAUCAUUGAGUAUACUGCUCCGGAUGAGGUUGCUGUUUGCAACCUUGCCUCUCUUGCCCUCCCUACCUUCGUUGAUGCUGCCCGGGGUGAAUACGACUUUGGCAAGCUGCACGAAGUCGUGCAGGUGCUGGUUCGUAACCUGAACAAGAUCAUUGAUAUCAACUACUACCCCGUCCCUGAGGCCAAGAACAGCAACAUGCGUCACCGCCCCAUUGCUCUUGGUGUCAAUGGUCUGGCCGAUGCCUUCCUUGCCCUGCGUUUGCCAUUCGACUCGCCCGAGGCGAAGCAGCUGAACACUCAAAUCUUCGAGACCAUCUACCACGGAGCUUUGACUGCUUCAUCUGACCUGGCCAAGGAAUUUGGAACGUACGAGUCAUAUGAAGGCUCUCCCGUCUCCCAGGGAAUUCUUCAGUACGACAUGUGGGACCGGACCCCCACUGAUCUCUGGGACUGGGACGCUCUCAAGGCAAAGAUCGCGCAGACCGGAGUGCGCAACAGCUUGCUAGUGGCGCCUAUGCCGACCGCAAGCACCAGUCAAAUCUUGGGUUUCAAUGAGUGUUUCGAGCCUUACACCUCGAACAUCUACUCCCGCCGUGUCCUUGCGGGUGAGUUUCAGGUCGUCAACCCCUGGCUUCUCAAGGACUUGGUCGACCUUGGUUUGUGGUCGGACAACAUGAAGAACCGUAUCAUUGCCGAGGGUGGCUCCGUUCAGAACAUCCCUAACAUCCCCGCCGACAUCAAGGCCCUCUACAAGACCGUGUGGGAGAUCUCCCAGCGUUCGAUCUUGCAGAUGGCGGCAGACCGUGGUGCCUACAUUGACCAGUCCCAGUCGCUUAACAUCCACCUCAAGGAGCCGACUAUGGGUAAGAUCACCAGCAUGCACUUCGCUGGCUGGAAGAUGGGCUUGAAGACCGGCAUGUACUACUUGCGUACCAUGGCCGCUUCGGCUCCCAUCCAGUUCACCGUGGACCAGGAGGCCCUCAAGGUUGCUGAUACGAACGUCGCUCGGGCCAAUGCUUCUUUCCGGAAGCGGGCCGUGGGUGCUGCAUCCAACACAUACUCCGCUGUUCCUCGCUCCCCCACAAGCGAGACCAACGGACAGGCCAAUGGCCUUGUUGAGCCCAGCCCACGUGCGGAGGAGGCCGCUAACGGCGACUCUCAGAGCGAGGAUGAGCAGAAGACGAGCGAGGAGCGCGAGAAUGACAUCUAUUCUCAGCAGGUUCUCCAAUGCAGCAUUGAGAACAAGGAAGCCUGCCUGAUGUGCCAAGGUUGA